GCUUCGCGGCCGCUGAGAGACGGAGCGUCGCCUCUGCGUUGGGGACGGAUAAUGGCAGGAAAAGUAAAGUGGGUGACUGACAUAGAGAAAUCUGUGCUAAUAAACAAUUUUGAAAAGCGAGGGUGGAUCCCAGUGUCAGAAAAUGAAGACUGGAAUUUCUACUGGAUGAGUGUGCAAACUAUUCGAAAUGUUUUCAGUGUAGAAACUGGUUAUCGCCUCUCUGACGACCAGAUUGUCAACCAUUUCCCUAACCACUACGAGCUCACCCGGAAGGACUUAAUGGUGAAAAAUAUUAAAAGGUACAGAAAAGAACUGGAAAAAGAAGGUAGUCCUCUUGCAGAGAAGGAUGAAAAUGGAAAAUAUCUUUAUUUAGACUUUGUUCCUGUCACAUUUAUGCUUCCAGCUGAUUAUAAUUUAUUUGUUGAAGAAUUCCGAAAAAACCCUUCCAGUACAUGGAUUAUGAAGCCUUGUGGAAAAGCUCAAGGGAAAGGAAUUUUUCUCAUCAAUAAGCUUUCCCAAAUUAAAAAGUGGUCUCGGGACAGCAAAACAUCUACGUUUGUAUCUCAGUCCUCUAAAGAAGCAUAUGUGAUUUCCCUGUAUAUCAGUAAUCCACUUCUGAUUGGUGGGAAGAAAUUUGACCUACGCUUAUAUGUAUUAGUAUCUACUUAUCGUCCUUUGAGGUGCUAUAUGUAUAAACUUGGGUUUUGUCGAUUUUGCACAGUAAAAUAUACACCAAGUACAAGUGAAUUGGACAAUAUGUUCAUCCAUCUUACAAAUGUUGCCAUUCAGAAACAUGGGGAUGAUUACAACCACAUCCAUGGUGGCAAAUGGACGGUGAACAAUUUGCGUUUGUAUCUAGAAAGCACUCGAGGGAAAGAUGUCACUAACAAGCUGUUUGAUGAAAUACACUGGAUAAUUGUACAGUCAUUGAAAGCAGUUGCACCUGUAAUGAACAAUGAUAAACAUUGCUUUGAAUGCUAUGGAUAUGACAUCAUCAUUGAUGACAAGCUUAAGCCAUGGCUUAUUGAGGUUAAUGCUUCUCCAUCUCUUACUUCCAGUACUGCAAAUGACCGUAUACUCAAAUACAAUCUGAUAAAUGACACACUUAAUAUUGCUGUGCCCAAUGGAGAAAUUCCUGAUUGUAAAUGGAAUAAACCGACCCCCAAAGAAGCUCUUGGAAAUUAUGAAAUUUUAUAUGAUGAAGAGAUGGCACAAAGCGAAAUAUCAGAUCGUGAUUUACGAAGUCGCUCUGGUCAGUCUGUUGGAUUUAAGGGAAACAGAGCCAGAGAUCCUGGAAAAGCAGGUUCCCUUACUUGGAAGUAGCUGAAGAAUAAACUGUAAAUUGAGGUUUUCUGAAAUUCUAUGUCGCAAUUAUAGUUGGAUAUCUUUUAUUUUAUUUAUUUGCUUAGUACUAGUCCAGAGAAAAGAAUAUUGCUCAAAGAUGAGAGGAUGGAGGCAUGUGUAUAUAUUUCAAGUGUAUCAUUAGAUUCACUGCAGUUUUACUGCAUGGUUAUUAUUAUGCAAGGUUAUUAUGCUGCAUGCUGUAUCAGACAAGUGUAACGAGUUAAUGCAAACAAAAUAAACUCAUUUCCAAGA